CAAAACCAGACAAAACAAUGCAUUAUUUUACUUUUACUUUCUCUCUGUUUCUCUUCCAUCGUCGCAUCCCCCUUCUGAAGUGCUCUCACUUCGUCGCGGUUCCUAUUCAACGUCAACGAUGCAGGUCGCUCGCACUCAAUUUGCCAGGUCAUUGGGUCUUUCCCGUUCUAGAGCUCUCAGACUCUCUCCCGAACCGAUUCGUUUCCCUCGCCGGGCUUUGUCGACAACUCAGUCUAGAAGCAACGAACAGGAGCCGUCGACGUCAACACCUCCGCUGACCGCCAAAUCCACGAAAUGGCGCACUUUUCUGCAGGGCCUCGGUAGGGCAACUAUUGUGGCUUUGGUUGUCGGUUCUGGAUCGUUCUACUACAUAACCCAAAAGGACAAGAAUCCUGGCGCUCAACUUCCUUUUGACCCUGAGAAAAAGACCAUUGUCGUAUUGGGAAGUGGAUGGGGUGCUACCAGUCUGUUGAAAACGGUAGACACGGCCGAUUACAACGUGGUUGUUAUCAGUCCCAAAAACUUUUUCCUCUUCACCCCUCUUCUACCCAGCGUUGCUGUUGGAACCCUCACCUCGCGAGCCAUUCUCCAGCCAACGCGCUAUGUCACACGGCACAAGGCACGCGAAGUGACCGUCAUCGAAGCGGAAGCCCGUGAAGUCGAUCCACACAAGAAAACCGUCACCUUCACUGAUGACCAGGGCAAAUCGUCUAAAACAAUUCCCUAUGAUUAUCUCAUCUAUGCCGUCGGGGCGGAGGUCCAGACGUUCGGCACUCCCGGAGUUCAGGAGAAGGCUUGCUUCAUGAAAGAGAUCCAAGAUGCCGAGAAGAUGCAAAAGAAGGUUAUGGAAUGUAUCGAGACUGCAGCGUUCCCCGGUCAACCUGCAGAAGAAGUAGAACGGCUGCUCCAUAUGGUUGUUGUCGGUGGUGGUCCCACUGGUAUAGAACUCAGCGGUGAAAUUCACGAUUUCCUCGAAGAUGACUUGAAAUCAUGGUACCCUGAACUUGCCGGCAAAGUUCGCAUCACUCUCGUCGAGGCUCUCCCAUCUGUCUUGCCUAUGUUCAGCAAACAACUCAUCGAUUACACGGAAUCGACAUUCAAGGAGAGUAAGAUUAACAUCAUGACGAAGACGAUGGUUAAAGAGGUUAAGGAUAAGUCCGUCGUUCUCCAGAUGCCUGACAAGAGCAUUGCCGAGAUUCCCUGCGGGAUUGUUGUUUGGGCCGCUGGUAACAAGGGUAGGAAGAUAACACAAGAUUUAAUGGCCAAGCUUCCCGCGACGCAGACCAACCGUCGGGGUAUUUCCGUAGAUGAACAUUUACGAAUGAGCGGAACCGACGGAAGCAUUUUCGCUAUCGGAGACUGCACUUCUACGUCCUACGCGCCAACUGCCCAGGUCGCGUCUCAACAAGGUGCUUACCUUGCGCGAAUUUUGGCACAGAUAGCCAAGAAAGACGCCUUGGAAGCCAAGCUGAAGAACUUGCAGGCAAAGGUUAACCAGGUCGAGGAUGAGGUUGAAGCAAAAGGAUUUGUGGGCGAGAUAGAGACUGUCAAGAAGCAAAUUGACAUGGUCAAAUUGAGGCCCUUCCAUUAUUCUCACCAGGGCAGUCUGGCGUACAUCGGAUCCGAUAAAGCAAUCGCCGAUCUGCCAUUCUUGAACGGAAACAUCGCCAGCGGUGGUGUCGCGACGUUUUUGUUCUGGCGUAGCGCGUAUCUAAGCACGCUGUUCUCCCUCCGCAACCGCACCCUUGUCGCCAACGACUGGAUAUUAACGAAGUUGUUUGGCCGUGACGUCAGCCGGGAUUGAUAACGAAUUUAUAGAUGAAUGAUUUUUAUUUUUUUUCAUUGGUCGUUAGAGGAAGCUUAACAUGACCUUAGUUCUACGAGUGGAUUAUCGUAGCAUUCUUAGAGCACUUUAUACCUUUCCUUAAUUUUUUGACGGC